AGCUAGUGACUGUAGACGUGGCAGUCUGGUUGAAGAAGACGGACUAGAGGGUCAGACUGCGUGUUGUUUAAAGCUAGACCUAAGAUGACUGUCAAAUCUAACACUGAAGCUGGAAACACGUCCAUCGUUCCGAGCGAAGCGAACAGCAGAUGUGAGGCUCUCGGAACUGACCCGUCCUACCAAGAGAUAUUCCUGAAGGCCGUGCGGAACGGAGACACCGGUGAACUCCAAAGCAUCUUGCAGCGCUGGGAAGGCUCGGUGAACGUGAACUUUUACGACCAAACUGGCCAAACGGCUCUCCACCAGAGCUGUAUGAACGGUAAUCUGGAGCUAGUGAAGCUUUUGGUGAAAUUCGGUGCUGACGCCAGGCUGGCGAAUAGAGAUGGCUGGAGUGCUCUACACAUAGCGGCGUACGGGGGACACAGGGACAUAGCACUUUACCUUAUAGCCAACGCCCACAGGUAGAGAUAGUUGAUAUUGUGAUAGUCCCUCACCUUGGAACCACAGCCAAGUUCCGAGUUCGUGGUUUAAAACCAGCGCUGAUUGCAAUGUGCCAUGAAGGGGUGAAUAUGGUGACGUGGUGUAACACGGUGUACGGGUUUUGUGUACAGUAUAUGUAUGUGUUUUAUAUCUGGAUGUAAUUUGAUAUUUUGAAGAGAGGACAAUCGACAGGUAGCGGAUAACUUAUUUUGUAUAAAGUUUCUUAGUAUUACUGAUACAGUGCAAAAUAUCGAAAGAACCCUCCGAAAAAAUCCUUUCACCCUAAAAAGCAAUGUGUACUCAUCCGCAUUCCUUUACUAGGGCAGCACGUGAACAGCAGUGGUGCGAGCUCCUGACUACAGCUACUGGGUCCUGGUCAGGACGUUUCAGUUAUACUACGCCUGACUGUUUGGUACGAAGCUAUUUAUUAAAGACUGUGUCCAUUUAAAACUUAACCUGUUGUAAUAUAGCAGUAAAGUCGACUACUAACCAAAGUUGUAUGUUGUGACGUCAUAAGUAAGUCUUACAAUACAUCUCCAGCACCCAUAUUGUUGUGAUAAGGUGUUUAUUAUUUGUACGACGUUUUCUGGGUGUCGAGAAAGUUUUGUUGUAAUAACUAAAAUGUAUUAUUAUGUGUCGAAGCAAAUACGUCAGGCACUUCCAAUAAACGGGCUUUAUAAGAUGUA